CUGCUGUAGACACUGGUACGCCGGACAGGAGACCGUACAGCUGAAGAUUGUCAUUACAAUAUAAUAGUGCAAAAUAUAGAAGAUGUUAGGAUGCUGCUUGGUGGUUUUAAAACCUAGCUUUUAAUAGACAUUCCCAAAACAUUUACACUUCCUUUCCGGACGCAAAACAACGCAGGCGCAAUGACAUCAUACCUCUAAAAGGUUAAAAUGGAGGAUAACAUCGGCUGAGGCAGCAAUUCUUUCCUUUCACGAUUUGUUGGACUUUGGCUCAUGAUGACUUCUUUUCAAAAGACAUUUCGCAAAAGUGGAAGUCAUCAUGCAGAAUUUCAUUCUCUGCAAGGAGUCGAGGUCAAAAUUGGAGAGAGGUUCAGACCGCCGAAAAAGGUAACAUUACCUGUUGGAUGGCAGCAAAGAGAUCCCUCGGUUGUCCUAAGUGUAAUGUAUGACUUCAGUCUUGAGAAAGAUGUCAUUUCUAAAGCAGAUGCCUUAAAGGCUUCUACAAAAACAGAGGUGCAAUCCUCACCUGAACCUCAUGUGGAAAGUUCUUCAUCAGACACUCCUUCUGGUCAAAAUUUAGUGUUUUCAAAUGUUGGAAGUGAGAUUCUUCAACCUGUAGUUGCUCCUGGAUUAGGACAUAAAAAAAGUGAUAGCUUUGGGGGAAAAGGAAAAAAUGCAUUUGACUUGGCAGAUUUUGAGGGUGACACAUCAACACCAUUCGAACUUGUGGAAUUGCAAACAAUAAAUGAUAUGGAUGAACUAAAAAAUGUUCUUCAACCUAACAUUAUAAGGCCAGCUACCACAGUGGAAAAUCCAUCCAACUCUCAUGCUGAUACAAAACUUAAGGCCUCUACAAGUGCUUCAGCUACUUCUAUCAGUGUGUCUCCUCCUCAGAGCUCACUUAUUGAUAUUACCGGAACAAAUUCAUGUAAUAAACCUUCAUCUGUCACUAAACCUUCAGACAUAACAACCUCAACCAAUGCCAACACAAGGGGUGCAUUGCUAGUUGACUUUGGAGAUUCAAGGACGUCUUCAAGUACUCCUCAAGUUCCAGCUGUAAAUAGUGACUCAGUCACAACUACUUCUUUGUCUAGCACAAGACUUUUUCCUGAGAACAGGCCCAUCUCCAGGGGUGGUGUGUUACCCCCAAUUGGGCAAAGUGUUUCCUUGACAGGUUCUCAACAACUGCAAGGACAAACCCAUUCACAAAUUUUAACACAUGCUGGUGAGAGUAGAGAUUCAUUUCAGGGUGGGAUUUAUAAUUUUCCAAAAACUCCUCCAUUGCAAGGGCAACAGCCAAACUCAAUACCUCGAGAUGCUAGAACACAACUCAGACAGAGCAGCCCUCCCUCAACUGUUUUUAGUCCAAGAGAACCAGAGUCCAUUGAACCUCAAAGUCCAGGAGUGUGUGGGCAUUAUCCUUCUCCAUUACCUCCAAUUGGAAAGCUGGAUCAAGGGCAAAGGACUGGUAAAGUUAGUGAAGAUAGGUCCUCUUUACCAGAUCCAUGGCCUGUUUUAGAAGAGUCAGAAAAAGCAUUUGUCAAAAAUAUUGCCAGCAUGGGUUUCCCUCAGGCACGUGUUAGUAGGGCUGUGCAGAGACUGGGGAUGAAAGACAGUGAGGUCAUGGAAUUCUUAUUGGCUGUAAAUGAAUUGAGUGAAAAGAAAUAUCCUCCAGAUACUGUUGAAGUUGCCCUCGCAUAUAAUAAUAAUGAGAAAGCCAAGGCAGCUGAAUUUCUUGAACUAGUGAAGAAAUACAAAGACUUUGGCUUUAAGGAAGAUAACAUACUGAAUUGCCUGCAAGCUGCUAAUAAUGAUGAAGAAAAAGCUUUGGAAUAUCUUAUUAGUCUUGGGUCCACAUAGCACAAAUCAAUUUUACUGAAAGUUCAAGUCUAAUGUAAGAUAUGAGUCAAUUCUUAAUUGUAUUUAAAGUUUAAUGCAGAGUUGACUUUUGUGUUUAGUUAUUUUGGUAUUUUCUCAAUACAUGUAGUUAUUUACCCUAAGCCAGAUUCCACAGUUAUUAUGAAAGCAAACUGACAAAAGCUCUUGGUCCAGUUGUUCAAAUGGAUAAGGCUACCUAACUGGUAAAUCACUCUCCAGUGGGUAAGUGUCCCCUAAACCUACUUGUUGCAUUGUCCUAUUAUUUGGCCCUGGUCUUGACCAAGUCAAACCUCACUGUCAGUUGGUUGACUACUGUUUGACUGAUUAAUGACCAUUUAGCAAAUCAUGUGUUGGCUUCGGAAGCCUGUCAUACACAUGAUCAUUACCCUGUCCAUCCAUCAAUUGAUUGAUGAACAUUCAGUUGUAAUAUUAUUGUUUAUUUUUCUCUUAGUUGAAAGCAAGAGUAACAUGAUAUUUUUUCCUUUAAGGUUCCCUUGCUGGAAUGGUCUACAGACUAUUGCUAAGGAGGAACAUCGCUGCAAUAGCUAAAUUCUUUAAGAACUAACUGUUAAUACUAAAACAAAAUUGAGUGAAAGUUCUAGUGUACAUGAAGAUGAUUAUUUAUCAUCCUUGAAUUGCUAGUCUGCUAUUCACCUUCAUGACUGGGCAAGACUACAUGUACUGUUUAUGUAAAUAAUCUUCUAGCAAUUAAUGAUUUGAGAAAUACAGUAAAUGAGUUUGUCAAGUUAUUCACAAGUUAGUCUCUUGGAAUAGGCGACGCAUGCUAGACCAGUCAAAUUUAUUUGAAUCCCCACCAGUUGCUCAAUAUCAGUAAUUGUUCAUGGGCAUCUUGUCAGGCAUUAAAGCUGCUUUUGAUCCAAAUGCAGAUCACCAUGAUUCCUACAUUUUUAGAAUCAUACCUUUUAAGUCUGUCAAAAACUAGUUUAAAAUAAAACUGCAUUCUAAACUAUCCUCAAAUUAGCCAACCGUGUUAUUUGAUCAUUGAUUUGUGCGAACAGUGUCAAGAAGGUUUAUGGCUAGCAAUGGGAAAUAUGGAUUUUCUCGACACAAUGUACGUAGGCAGAAAUGUCAAGGUCUACGAUUUAGUUAGUUUAGACUUUAUCUUCAUCUAAACAGUCCUGAGGUAUCGUUGUUUACAUAAAUUUGAUUCCAGCCAGAGAGCUGAAUGAAAAUUUUUGACAUUUUUGUGGGGCUGGUUUGAGUUAACUUAAAGUGCAUGUUAACCAACUGGACACGCCGCACGAUGGCUGAGAUGCUUUUUUUUCAGUAAUGGGUCGCAACAACAAGAACCAUUAAUGUGGUGUACAGUUUUUGUAACUGCUUGGGCUAUUUAUUAUUUACGAAGACGCUUACCGUUAAAAGGAAAGUAACGCAUACAUGGGCGAUGAAGGUUGGGUACAUCCUUUCACACUAACUGCAGCUUUUAUUUAGAUUUCUCUCUAUUACGUAAAGUUUUUGUAUGUUCAAGUACACUAGUUCUAUCUUUUUUUCUAGCGUAGAUGUUUUACUUUUUAUUCCGAAAUAAUGUACAAUGCACAGGCCGUAGUUGUAAAACUUGCUCAGAAGGCUAAAACUUGCUCAGAAGGCUAUUACUUGUAAUUCAAUGUGUUCACCCUUUCUUCUCAAAAAGUUUCCUGAAUUAAAAUAUAUGGCUGAGAAAUUACAAAAGAAAAACAAACAAAUCAUCUCAAAAGAUAAAGUAAUGAAGCGUUUUCUCUGUAUCUUAACUCACUUGUGGUGCUGCUUAGUGACGUCGACGGCGGCCUACCGUAACUCUACGUCUUGGCUGUAAUUGCAAAUGGAUUGCAAGACAUAUUUACGUUAAGCAAGCAAUUUUGUUCUCUACCGGUGAAAGCUUUCUCUUUAGUUGUCUCGAGACGCUUCCGUUCAGACCGACGCGUGAAUGACACAGCUAGAGGAGUUGGAGUAAAAGAAUAAAACACUGAGAAUA